GGCGGGGCGCGCGGAGCCACGAGGGUCCCACCCCGCGCGCCCCGCGCUCCGUCCCGUCCCGUCCCGUCCGGCCCCGUCCCGCCAGCCAUGAGCUCCACGCAGUUCAACAAGGGCCCCUCGUACGGGCUGUCGGCCGAGGUCAAGAACCGGCUCCUAUCCAAGUAUGACCCGCAGAAGGAGGCAGAGCUCCGAAGCUGGAUCCAGGGACUCACCGGGCUCUCCGUCGGCCCCGACUUCCAGAAGGGCCUGAAGGACGGGAUUAUCUUAUGCACACUCAUGAACAAGCUCCAGCCGGGCUCAGUCCCCAAGAUCAACCGCUCCAUGCAGAACUGGCAUCAGCUAGAAAACCUCUCCAACUUCAUCAAGGCCAUGGUCAGCUACGGCAUCAACGCCGUGGACCUGUUCGAGGCCAAUGACCUGUUUGAGAGCGGGAACAUGACGCAGGUGCAGAUGUCUCUGCUCGCCCUGGCGGGAAAGGCCAAGACCAAGGGGCUACAGAGCGGGGUGGACAUCGGCGUCAAGUACUCGGAGAAGCAGGAGCGGAACUUCGACGACGCCACCAUGAAGGCCGGCCAGUGCGUCAUCGGGCUGCAGAUGGGCACCAACAAAUGUGCCAGCCAGUCGGGCAUGACCGCAUAUGGCACGAGGAGGCAUCUCUACGACCCCAAGAACCAUAUCCUGCCCCCCAUGGACCACUCGACCAUCAGCCUCCAGAUGGGCACCAACAAGUGUGCCAGCCAGGUGGGCAUGACGGCUCCCGGGACGCGGCGGCAUAUCUAUGACACCAAACUGGGAACCGACAAGUGUGAUAACUCCUCCAUGUCCCUGCAGAUGGGCUACACCCAGGGCGCCAACCAGAGCGGCCAGGUCUUCGGCCUGGGCCGGCAGAUAUACGACCCCAAGUACUGCCCACAGGGCACAGUGGCCGACGGGGCUCCCUCGGAUGCUGGCGACUGCCCGGGCCCGGGGGAGGUCCCUGAAUAUCCCCCUUACCACCAGGAGGAGGCGGGCUACUGAGGCUCCCAGCACUCUCUCUCCCCACGUCGUCUCCCCAUCUCCCCAUCUCCCCGUCUGGGUUUUUCUGUUUUCACCAUUUUUUUUUUUUUUUUUUGAGACGGAGUUUCGCUCUUGUCACCCAGGCUGGAGUGCAAUGGCGCGAUCUCGGCUCACCGCAACCUCCACCUCCUGGGUUCAAGCGAUUCUCCUGCCUCAGCCUCCCGAGUAGCUGGGAUUACAGGUGCACACUCCGUGCCCAGCUAGUUUUUUGUAUUUUUAGUAGAGAUGGGGUUUCACCAUGUUGACCAGGAUGGUCUCGAUCUCCUGACCUCGUGAUCCACCCGCCUCGGCCUCCCAAAGCGCUGGGAUUACAGGAUUGAGCCACCGCGCCCGGCCCUGUGUUUUUAUCUUUUUUUAUUAACCUGUUCAGUGCUGCCAUGCAGCUGAGGGUCUGUGAGUGGUUGCUGGGAUCAGGCAGCAGGGCUUUCUCCCCCUUGGUCCUUCCCAGGACUGAGCCACCGGGCUGGGAGGGGAAGGGGUCAAGGCUGUAUCCUGAUACCUGUAGGGUCAGGGUCCCUGCUGGCCUGCUGGCACGUCCAGGCUGUGGGCCGAGCCGUGCUGGGGAGAAGAGGCCUGAGCUUGGAGGGAACCGGUCCCCGAAGAUUUCCGGUUGCCUCGUCUCUUCUCACUUUCGUCACCCGAUCAGUUUGUGGUUUCUGUACCCGCAAAAGUUUCAGGAAGUAGUAACAAAAGAAAAAUACUCCCCUUCCCCCCCCCACCACCGCGGCCAAGGAAUGGGGCGGGGACAGUGGGGAGGGUGCCGGGCAAUGAGUCCCCUGGAAAGGGAGCCUGGCCAUGAUGCUGAAUGUCUCAGGCUCCCAAGUGGCUGGAUGUCCCUCCGACCCUCAGACCUUCCCCGGGGGCCUGGUGGGGAAACUGAGGCCUGCACAAGGAAGCGGAAUUCUGAGUUGUCGGGGCCAAGCCUGACCCCGUCUCCACGCUACCCCACCCUCCCCGUGGCCUGUUGCACGGGCUGGAGUGCCGUGGGGCAACCUUCACUCACAGCACCUCGGCCUCCCACGUAGCUGGGACGGCAGGUGCUCCAGCACGCUGGCUACUUUUUGUAUUUUUGGUAGAGACAGGGUUUCACCAUGGUGCCCAGGCUGGUCUCGAACUCCUGGCCUCAGGUGAUCCACCCCCCCCCACCCCCGCCUCGGCCUCCCCAAGUGCUAGGAUUACAGGCGUGAGCCCCUGUGCCUGGCCCCUCAGUAGGUUUUCAGGAGCCCCAGCCCUCCUCCUCCCCUUCUGGACCUGACCGGCUCUACUGCUCCGUCUCCUCACCCCGGGGCCCCUGCUCCGUGAGAUAAUGUGAAACCCCACUGUGGACCAAAUGCAAUAAAGCCCGCGUGUAAGAAGAGAA